AUGAGAAAGUGUAAGAUCUUUGUUGGAUCAUCACAUUCAGAAUUGGGUAAAUUAGUAUGUGAUAGACUUGGAGUUGAACCUGCUCCUUGUACUUUAAAAAAAUUUUCAAAUGGUGAAACUUCUGUUCAAAUUGGUGUUUCAGUUAGAGAUGAAGAUGUAUAUAUUAUUCAAAGUGGUUCACCAUAUAUAAAUGAUCAUAUAAUGGAAUUAUUAAUAUUGAUAAGUGCUUGCAGAGGAGGAAGUGCAAAUAAAAUAACUGCUGUUAUUCCACAAUUCCCAUAUUCUAAACAAUCAAAAAUGAAAAAACAUAGAGGUGCAAUUACUGCUAGAAUGUUGGCUAAUUUAUUAAUUAUGGCUGGUGCUGAUCAUGUUGUAAGUAUGGAUUUACAUGCAAGUCAAAUGCAAGGUUUUUUCACAAAACCUGUCGAUAAUUUAUUAGGUGCUCCAACUUUGGCUAGAUGGAUUAGACAUAAUAUUGAAGAUUGGCAAAAUGCAGUUGUUGUAAGUAAAAACCCAGGUGGCACUAAAAGAGUUACAGCAUUAGCAGAUAGUUUAAAGAUUAAUUUUGCCAUGAUUCAUACUGAUAGAAGAAGAACUCAUGAUCAAUUAUUGAAAAAAUCUAAAAAAGCAAAAAUAAUUGGUGAUGUAAAUAUUGUUUCAGAAUUACAAACUGCUAGAAUUGUUCAAGGUCAUGUUGUAGAUGAUGAUUAUCCAAGAGAAACCACUGAAAAUAAUAAUAUAGUGAAUAAUAAUUCAAGUAUAAAUGGAAUUUUAGAAAAAGGUGAUGAUGUUUUAGGUGGUACUUAUGACGCCACUAAUUCAGAUGAUGAUGAAGAUGAUAAACCACAAGAAGAAAAAUUAAUUACAUUAGUUGGUGAUGUAAAGGGUAAAGUUGCAAUUAUAUUAGAUGAUAUGAUUGAUAAACCAAAUUCUUUUAUUGCAGCGGCUGAACAUUUAAGAUUAAAUUGUGGUGCAAAAGCAGUAUAUGUAAUUGGUACUCAUGGUUUAUUUACUGAUCAUUGUUUAGAAUCACUUUGUGAAUCAAAAUGUAUUGAUAAAAUAGUAGUUACAAAUACUUAUCCAAUAACAAAAGAAAAAUGUCAAUUACAUCAAGAUAAAUUAGUUGUAAUUGAUGUAUCACCAAUUUUUGCAGAAUGUAUAAGAAGAGAUCAUUUUGGCGAAUCAAUUUCAGUAUUAUUUGAUUCAUUAGCAGCAAUAGAGUAG